GGGCUGGGCCUGGACUGGCCGGGAGGGGGCGGGCCUAUAGCCUCCCCACCCUGGAAUCUGUCUGGCACGAACCAAACCAAUGCAGUUAAGACCAGAAGGGAAACAGGAAUCAUGUCCCGCAAAGGCAAGAGCAGCAUCUCUUCCAUGAACGAGGAGGAUGCCCUUGCAUUUGCGUCUGAAGAAGGGAAAGGCGAUGAUCUGCAGGAAAUCAAGAAGGAGCUGGUGAAGAUCGAGGAGAAGGUGGAUGCCCUGCUGGCCAGCCUAGAGCAGAUGGAGAGUGAUCCCAGUGAGCAGUGCGAGCCCUAUGUGAGAAGCAGGCCGGAGGAGGAGAUGGAGAGCAACGCUGGCCUGCAGGAGACCGAGGCCAACAUGGAGAUGGAGGAGACCGGAGGAGGUGGAGGAGGCGAUGGUGCCGCUGGUGCUGCCGGGGCCAGUGGAAGUAACCGUGCUUAAGAGGGGCCCGCCUGGAGGAGGAGGACAAGGAAGAUCCAGGCAGGGAGGACCGGCUGGGCUGGCUCUAGGAUGACGGAGGAGCAGUGGUGGUGGUGGCAGCAGCCCUGGAGGAGCCAGAGGGCAACAGAGAUCCCAUGGAGGCGAGCUGUGCUCCUCAGCACCUGUGGGUCCCAGUCUGAAGGCUCGCCCCUUCUUGGCACAGCUAGGCCCUUGUCCCAGAGCCAGCCUCCCCAGGUCCUCUCCCGUGAGAUCUUGGAGCAUGUGCUCCAUGCUGUCCUCACCCCUACUCUCCCCAGGCUCAUUAGCUCCCCUCUCCUACAGGUGGCCCCUUUCAACUCUCCUUGAGAGUCACAGUAAGGCCCCUGUAGUUUUGCUCACUUAAAUCUCAUCACCUUUUUCUGGUUCAAGAAAUAAAAAGUUCUAUUGCUC